GCAGACUGCAACUACACCUGCCAUAGCCGAUGUCAGGAGCUGGUGACGUUGGAUUGUCGGUCAGCCGGUUCAUCGUUAGCCUCGGGCGAAUUUCCUUCAAUCUAUCCCAAAUUGCUGGACGGCACCCUCGGGACCAUCCCGAAGGAACUCCACCUGCCACCACUCCCACUGAACUCAUCGUUCGGGGACUCGGACAAGGAGAACGAAACAUGUUUCGAGAAUCCGCUCUUCUCACCAUCAAAGAUGUCCCGCGCCGAGCUUCCCUCGUCAGCUCUCGGUCAUCCGCUGAUCGACCAGCAGCAGCAUGAGCCCGUCCAUGGACAGACUCUGCGAAUAUCCGAAGUGUAUGUGAAGGAGGAUACGCCGUUCGAAUGGUCUCCAGCGUACCGGGAUGAUAAUCUCGCCCAAGCGCAUCGAGGAAUACAACAAGACCAGCGAAGGCCUCUGCAUGAAAAUAAACGACGAUGGCGAGACGUUCUCCGGCCACAUCCAAAUUCACAUGAACCUCACCCGACCGAUCAGCGUUGUUGCUGGCGAAAAACCUCCCACAGUGUACGAUGUUGUGAAUACAGGUGA